UGUGUGUGUUUAUAAGACAACCGGAGCUUGUGUGUUUGUGCCCUUGAGGACUGAUUCCUCCCCAGGAUGCAUCAGCUGCUCGUGGUGACCUCAGUGCUGGUGGCACUCUGUUCUCUAGGGAGUGUGGAUACUUCCGCCUAUGACAAGAUAGUCACCCACAGUCGCAUUCGGGCCCGGAAAGAAGGACCUAAUGUGUGCGCCCUGCAACAGGUCCAGGGCUCUAAAAAGAAGUACUUCAGCACAUGUAGGAACUGGUACAAAGGCUCCAUCUGUGGCAAGAAGACCAUGGUCCUAUAUGAAUGCUGUCCUGGGUACAUCAAGCUGCAGGGUAUGAGAGGAUGCCCUGCAGUGGCUCCAAUUGACCAUGUCUAUGGUACGCUGGGGCUUGUAAAGGCGACGACAACACAGCAAUACUCCGACAUGUCCAAGCUGAGAGAGGAAAUUGAAGGCAAAGGCUCCUUUACCAUGUUUGCACCUAGCAAUGAUGCCUGGAAUCUUGUAGAAUCUACUGUACGGGCUGCACUGGUGAGCAACGUGAACAUCGAGCUGUACAACGCUCUUCACUUCCACAUGGUGAACCACCGGAUUUUGACCAAAGACCUGAAGAACGACAUGACUUUCACUUCCAUGUACAAUGACCUGGGGCUCUAUAUCAACCACUACUCAAAUGGGAUUGUGACAGUGAACUGUGCCAGGAUCAUCCAUGGUAAUCAGGUGGCCACAAAUGGUGUGGUCCAUGUCAUUGAUCGGGUCAUCAGCGGUGUUGGCAACAACAUCAAGGAAGUCCUGGAUGUCACCGAUGAGCUCGCCACCUUCAGAGAUGCAGUAUUGGCUUCUGAUAUGAUGGACAAGCUGGACCAGCCUGGCCACUACACCCUGUUUGCUCCCACUGAUGAAGCUUUUGACAAAUUGAGCCCAGGCUACCUGGAGCGUAUCAUGGGAGACAAGGCUGUAAUUGCAGCCUUAGUUAACUACCACCUGUUGAACAGUGUCCAGUGUUCAGAAGCAAUCAUGGCAGGGUCAGUGUAUGAGACCGCGGAGGGCAGCACCAUAGAGAUCGGCUGUGAUGGCGACAGUUUGACAGUCAAUGGAAUCAAGAUGGUGCUGAAGAAGGACAUAGUCACCACUAAUGGCGUCAUCCACCUCAUCGACCAGGUGCUCAUCCCUGACUCAGCCAAGGAAGGGGUCGAGCUGAUGGGAGACGGCCAGAGCACUUUUAACGACAUGGUGUCUGAAUUGGGCUUAGCGGCUGCCAUUGGUCCAAAGACAGAGUAUACUCUCCUUGCCCCUGUCAACGAUGCCUUCACAACUGAGGUGAUGUCAACAGAGCAGAGCCUGCUGAAAUUCAUUUUGGAAAACCACAUUUUGAAGCUGAAAGUUAAACUGAGUGAACUCUACAAUGGACAGCUGUUGGAAACACUUGCUGGCAAACUGCUCAGAGUCUUCAUUUACCGCACUGCUGUGUGCAUAGAAAACGCCUGUAUGGUGCGUGGCAGUAAAGAGGGAAGCAAAAGUGCCCUCCAUGUUGUGAGGUCUCUCAUCAAACCGUCCAAAAAAACAAUCUACGAGCUCCUGGUUGAUGAUAGACGGUUUAAGAUUUUUCUGUCACUGAUGGAGACAGCAGGUCUGACUGAUCUGCUGAAGCAGGAAGGCUCCUACACCAUCUUUGCACCAACUGACGAUGCCUUUGCUAAUCUCAGUAGAGAGGACUUUGCUCUGCUCAAAAGUGAUCUGAAUGCGCUGAGGAUCAUUCUGCUGUACCACUUCAGCAAUGGCAUAUUCAUCAAUGGAGGAUUAGAGGGAGGAGUAACCAAUCUGCUCAAAACCCUCCAGGGCAAUAACCUGCAAGUUAUAUCUGUGAACAACUCUAUUAAUGUCAAUUCUGUGGACGUGGCCGAGAGUGACCUGAUGGCAACAAAUGGUGUGAUCCAUGUGGUGAAGAAUGUUCUCUAUCCUGCAGAUCUUCCUGUGGGCCGCCAGGACCUCCUGGUCCUCCUGAGGAAGCUGAUUAAGUACAUCCAGAUAAAGUUUAUUUCUGGAUUUUCUUAUGAAGAGAUCCCACUCACGUUCAUCAGAAAGAUCAUCACAACUACACACGUUGAAACAGUCCCUGGCGUAACAAAGGUGACCAGAGUCAUUCAGGGAGAGCCAACUAUCACCAAGAUCACCAGAGUCAUUGAAGGAGAGCCAACCUUUACCAAGGUUACAAGAGUCAUUGAAGGAGAGCCAACCGUUACCAAGGUUACAAGAGUCAUUGAAUCAGAACCAGUAAUCACUGAGGUGGUCGUCAAGGGGGAGCCGGAGAUCACCAAAGUAACCAGGGUCAUUGAGGGAAAGCCUUCCUUGACACAUGUAACCAGGGUCAUUGAGGGAGAGCCUUCCUUGACACAUGUAACCAGGGUCAUUGAGGGAGAGCCUUCCUUGACACAUGUAACCAGGGUCAUUGAGGGAGAACCUUCCUUGACACAUGUAACCAGGGUCAUUGAGGGAGAACCUUCCUUGACACAUGUAACCAGGGUCAUUGAGGGAGACCGUACACAUGUAACCAGGGUCAUUGAGGGAGAACCUUCCUUGACACAUGUAACCAGGGUCAUUGAGGGAGACCGUACACAUGUAACCAGGGUCAUUGAGGGAGAGCCUUUCUUGACACAUAUAACCAGGCUCAUUGAGGGAGAACCUUCCUUGACACAUGUAACCAGGGUCAUUGAGGGAGACCGUACACAUGUAACCAGGGUCAUUGAGGGAGAACCUUCCUUCACACAUACAACCAGGGUAAUUGAGGGAGAACCUUCCUUGACACAUGUAACCAGGGUCAUUGAGGGAGAACCUUCCUUGACACAUACAACCAGGGUCAUUGAGGGAAAACCUUCCUUGACACAUGUAACCAGGGUCAUUGAGGGAAAACCUUCCUUGACACAUACAACCAGGGUCAUUGAGGGAAAACCUUCCUUGACACAUAUAACCAGGGUCAUUGAGGGAAAACCUUCCUUGACACAUGUAACCAGGGUCAUUGAGGGAGAACCUUCCUUCACACAUGUAACCAGGACCAAUGAAGGAAAAUCCGCCAUUAAAAAGGUUACAAGAGUUAUCGAGGGUGGAGAGCUUGAUAAAGAUGGAAAAGGCCCAGACUUCUCUAAGAUCACCACCAUCCACGGCAACCCACAGCUGAUUGAUCAGGAAUCGGACAGAAUUACCAAGCUCAUUCAAGGGAAAGGUGGAUUUGCUGCUGCCAGGAAAGCUCCAGCUGGAAUGAGAAGGAGGAGAACAAAGCUAGUCAGGCGUCACCACAAGCCAAGGGAGUGAAUCCAACAGAGAGGAACACCUUCGGGCUCACCACAGAGACUGAAUACAUCUCCAGUGCUCCUGGUUUAGAACAACUGUGGACCAAUAGGGAGAGAUCUAAUCAAUCUCGCUAUUUCUUUGUCCAAACCACCAGUGAGAAUGAUUGUUUACUAUUCCGCCUGGACCCUCCUGUGUGUGAUAGGCAUGAUGUGUAAUAGCCAUGCAAUGCAAUAAGUCAUGUAAGUGUGCAAGGGAAAUAUGGCCUUUUUCCGUGGGGUAGAUGGUGUGUAAGGUGAGAUAUUUCCUACCACUGAGAGAUUGUGGUUAAAGUUUUCUUUAUGUGUAUCAUUUCACUUUGAAUACGGAUGGCUUGGGAAGAUUUUGUAUGCUUUUUAUGGUGUUUGUAUUAUGUACAAUGAAUGCAUUUGAAUGACAAAUACAACAGUGCUACCAUUAGAAGCUUUUCUGAACCUCUGUAAAUUAUCACAAACGUGGGCACAUGAUUAGAAAAAUACAAUUACAUUUUAUACACUUUUCAGUAAUUCUUUCAAGUUUCUAUGUCUGUUUUUACUCCACAAAAUCAAUAUGUUUUAUGCUGUUGAAUGUGAGCCUGACCUCAGUGUGUCCCUGUACAACCAGGCUCAGGUUGUUCUCAUACACUGUUCGUAGCUAUACCUACAAAAAGUUAUGCACUACAAUUGUGUCAUAGCCCACAUAAUCAUUUUUUAUGUAAUACACUUAAGCGUGAGCUAGGACAGGUACGACAAGGAGCAAUAAUGUGUAGGGAGGAGUUUGGGGUUGAUGGGAGGGUCUGAAAACACGUUUUAUCUUUCACCAGGGAAGCCGUUGUUAACAUAACUUUCGUACUUAAGUAACUCUACUUCUGGAAUUAUUUUAACCCAAACCACAGCCUUUUCCUUAACUCACCAAUUAGUUAGUUGAUGGAUAUGUGUCGGAAAAUGAACAAAGAAAUCAAGAAAUAUUGUAGAUAUCAUACAAAGCAUUAUAUGAUGAAAUUUGGCAAUACUACCCAAUCCUAUUUUAGUUUUUAUCUCAAGGAAAAAAUGUUAAAUAAAAUGAUUUUAGUUACUUAUACUAAUACUAAUACUAAUACUAAUGUGUUCCAUUAAUCUUAUAUUUCUAUUGUUUAAGCUGAAAGUGCAAUGGAACCAAACAAAGUUAAAACCUAUACCAUAAAUAUAUGUUAAAAAAUAGAGAGCGACAUAAUGCAGUUUUGUUAUAUAAGAUCAUCAUUUUUAGGAGACAAGACUUUACAGAAACACAACUUCCAGAAUAUUACCAUAAAUGUACAACUUUAGGGUAUGUCUAGCUGACAGUAGCUUAGCCAAGGCAGUAGUUAUGUCUACACUUGCAAAUCUGUCAUUGGCUUUGGACCACUUCUGUUUACAUGGCUCGUCUACCACAUACAUCUUCAUCCGAAAAAAAUGUGUUUAAAGGAUUUCCUGAAAAGUUAUUUCAUACAGAUUUGUCUUUUUCCAUCUCCUGAACAAAAGGCAUCUGCAUGGUGAGAAUAUAUGUUCAUAAACAUUGAACACAACAACAGGUCAAAAUUGAAGUAUAACAUAACAGUUACACAAUGCUCUAUUUACCAGUAAUUCUACACAAGCGUCCCAUCUCAUAUGUGAUUCAUAUUUCUCUGCAGUUUAUCAUACCGUACAUGUGACUUUGCGUAAACAAAUAUGAAAUAGUACUGUAUGUGUAGCUUAAAAUUAUGCAUGGCAGUUAACUAGAGGGGAGUAGAAGUUUGCACAAGGACUGCUGGCUUAACGUAGAGAGCUGAUUAAAAGGGGACGAACAGAGGUCAUGAUAGGACGUCAGUGAUUCAGUUGAUUGGACAUGAUUCACACCUGUCUAUAUAAGGCCCCACAGACAAUGCAUGUGGGAGCAAAAUCCAAGGUUGAUAGUUUAAAAAGAAUAAAGAUGCCUCACACAUAUAAGACAUUAUGCUAGUUGUAUACCUUUUGGUUAAGAACAUGUAGUUUUGAUACCUAGACUUACUUGAGAUUCAUGUAAACAUGCUCUCUUUUGCCUUUAUUUAGUCAUAAAACUCAGUCAGGACAGGAAAACAGUUUUAAAUGCUUUCUGGUGGAGAGUUUGAUGAGAAGCUUGACACCACUCGGAUGUAUCUCUUAAGGUUACAGACAGUUAGCUUAGCUUAGCCAAAAGACUGGAAACGAUGGGAACCAGCUAGCAUGCCACUGUUCAAGAGUAACAAACAUUGCCUAGUGUCACUAAUCAACAUGUAAUUUGUAAUUUGCUGCAACAAUCUGACCAUUGUUAGUCUUUGCUGGUGCAACUGCUCAGCGCAACUAAAUAUUCAGACAACCAAAGGCUCUAAGAGUGCUUCGAUAUAAUGGACAAAUGGUGGAAUUACAUAUUAAAAAAUAAAAAUGGAAAUCAACCUAAUUAAUAA